CCCUUUUAAGUUUAUUAAAAUUUUAUUCUCUCUCUCUUCUUCUUCUUCCCUUCAACACACGGAUAAUAUAUAUAUAUAAAAAAAAAGAAAUGCAAGAGUCCUUUUCUGAUAUGAGCCUUUAUGAAGACGAAGAAGACUAUUCUCCCUCAUCGUCAGCAUUUGAAUCGUGCUCAUCUGAUCUCACGGAUGCUUCAACUGUCGUUUCAGUUUCUUCGUGUCUAAAGGAAGACCAAGCUGAAGAUUAUUUAAUAUUUCCUCCAAUUAUAUUACCUUUCCAUGAUUCACUUUCCUUCAAUAUAUUGAGCUUGUACAGAAAAUUGAUACCCUCACGCCAAUCCUUUAAUAAGAGGCAAGUCAUGAUGAUCAAAAUAGAAAAAAUGCUAAAUCGAGAAUGGCCUGCCCAACGUAUCAAGGUGCAUCUCUUUGGAUCCUCUCAAAAUAACCUGGGCACAGAUCAAUCCGAUGUUGAUAUUUGUAUUUCUACUGCUUGGAAUGGCCUCAGAUGCAUCAAAACUUUGGCUAACGUCUUGAGAAAAAAUGGCCUUCAAAUCGUUCGAACCAUUCCAAGAGCAAAAGUUCCAAUUGUAAAGAUAUGGGAUCCCGUCUUACAGUUGGCAUGCGAUUUAAAUGUGAAUAAUACCAUUUCCCUUCAGAAUACAAGAAUGAUCAAAACCUACGUAGCCAUUGACCCGCGUGUCAGGCCCUUGAUAUUAAUCAUUAAGCAUUGGACAAAGCAAAGAAAGCUUAAUGACGCAGCGAGUGGUGGUACAUUAUCUACCUAUACUUGGACAUGUAUGAUCAUUCAUUUCUUACAGACACGAAAUCCUCCUAUUCUACCAAAGCUUCAUGAAAUACCGCAUGCCCUCUCGAGUGAUAAUGUCGAAAUCAAUGGACAGAACUCUUCCUUUUGCGACGACUUAUCACGUCUAGUGGGGUUCGGCACGAGCAAUUACGAAAGUUUGGGUGGGUUAUUAUAUGCAUUUUUCCGAAAAUUUGCCUAUGAAUUCGAUUACCAGACGCAAGUGAUAUCCGUAAGAUCGGGUCGACUCUUGACCAAGAUCGAAAAGGGUUGGCAUAAAGGCAUCGAAAGUAAACGACUUUUAUGCAUAGAAGAACCCUUUGAUACACGCAGAAAUCUAGGAAAUUCAGCUGAUGCAGCGUCUGUUAUCGGUCUUCAAUUGGAAUUUCAGAGAGCUGUACACAUUUUAUUAGAAACAAGAGGGAAUUUAGAGGUCCUUUGUCAUAAAUAUCACUCAUUUCAAGUGUAACUCUAUUUUUUUUUUUUUAUGUGUGUAUAUAUAUGUGUGUGUGCCUUUUCUUUAUACAGUACACCUUAUCCCCCGUCCCCCACCCACCCC